CACGACUCCACGUUACAAUGUCUGAUUGCUUACAUUUGCUCUAAAUGACCGCCUGAGUGUGUCAAACUCUCAUGCAUAAAUAGAAAUGGAAAAAAUAAAAAUGAAUUUCCCCCAAAAAAAUUACUCCUAUUAAACAUAGAAUUGCAAACGUUUCAAUACUUGAAAGCUAAUACAAUAUAUAAAAAGAAAACUAUCGAUUUUGCUCUACUCUGACGGAUGCUCUUAGAUUUAUCCUACCUUUGAUUAGCUGAAAUCUGCUAAAAAGAUAUGGCAUCAAUGGUUGCUAAGGCAUUUACAAGCACAUCUACUCAAUAUUCACCUGCGAUUACGGUACCUGAAAAAGGAAGUAGGAAUAAGAGGAAAUUUAUGGCUGAUCCACCACUAUCUGACCCGAAUAAAUUAAUUCCUUCUCCACAAGAAUGCACAAGUUUUGAAUUCUCCGCGGACAAAUUUGGGAUCAUCCCUAGUUAUGGAUUGAUGAAUGGUUGUGAUAUUUGUAGCACGAAGCAAGAUGCUUCGGAAGGGUUGAAACUCGAUCUUGGAUUGUCAUGUAGUACAGUUGGUCCAAGCCGGGGUAGAGAGGAAGUUAAAACAAAUGAAGAUUUCCAUGAUGCUGAUUGGAGUGAUCUGAUAGAAUCUCAGUUAGAAGAGCUUGUCUUGAGCAACUUAGAUACAAUUUUCAAGAGUGCGAUUAAGAAAAUAGCGGCCUGUGGUUACAGCGAAGAGAUUGCAGAGAAAGCUGUUUUAAGGUCUGGUGUUUUUUAUGGUUUGAAGGACAUUAUGUCGAAUAUAGUGGACAAUACAUUGGCUUUUCUUUGCAGCAGGCAAGAGACGGAUGCAUCCACGGAGCACUAUUUUGAGGACUUGCAGCAGAUGGAGAAGUAUGUGUUAGCUGAAUUGGUUUGUAUUCUGCGUGAAGUCAGGCCUUUUUUCAGUAUUGGUGAUGCGAUGUGGUGCUUAUUAAUAUGUGACAUGAAUGUGUCUCAUGCUUGUGCAAUGGACAGCACUCCUUUGGGUAGUUUGGUUGUUGAUGGGAAUGCAAAUUCCUCUGCCUCUCUGCAGCCUCAUAUCCCAUCAGAGGCCGAAAUUUCCGAAUCCCACAGAGCCACUUUCUGUAAACCAGCCCCUACAGUUGCUUCUGUACAUUAUCCAUCUGAGAGACCCAAUGUGUCUUCAGAUACUCGUGGGCGUAGCUUUCAGCCGGAUGCAUCGAAACCCAAAUCUUCAGUUGUUCUGACAGGACUUAUUCCUGAGAAAGAGAGUCCAUAUCCUCUGUUUGAAACCUUUGGUAAAACCUUAACUGCAACAGGACAAUCCCGACCUUCAACUUCAGUGGAGAAGUUUGUUGCCAGUAGAAAGGUGUCUGGAAUCACCAAAAGAGAAUAUAUACUUAGGCAAAAGUCCCUUCAGCUGGAGAAAUUUAACCGCACUUCUGGUUCUAAAGGGGCUUCUAGGAAACUCAGAAGUUUUGGUGGUUUAGUUUUAGAUAAGAAGCUUAAAUCCCUGGCUGAUUCUGCUAGCAUGAAAAUGAAGAAUUCGAUGAAGGUCAAUAAAAUAGGAGCUACUAUACCCCAGGAUAAUAUACUGAGUAAUUUUAAUGGAGUUGCUUCAACAUCGGUAUUUGGGUCAGAAAAUGGCAAUAGCUCAGUUGAAUUACCUAACUCAGAUAUCCCUUCUCCAUUAUUGCCAGUCAAUACCUCACCUGAAUUUGCUGCUACUAAUACUGAGCUUUCUCUCUCUUUGCCUGCCAAAUACAGCUCCACUCCAAUGCCUAUUAGUUACGAUACUGAGGCCUGUACUUCUGCUUCUAAUAUUAUAUCAAAUGAAAAGUGUAAUGCCCAAUGGAUUCGUCAAGUUAAGAAAGAUGAAAUGAUUCUGAAGUUAGUCCCAAGGGUGACGGAGUUGCAAAGUCAGCUCCAAGAAUGGACAGAAUGGGCUAAUCAGAAGGUUAUGCAAGCUGCUCGUAGGUUGAGUAAAGACAAAUCUGAGCUCAAGACACUUCUGCUAGAAAAAGAAGAGGUUGAGAGGCUUAAGAAAGAAAAGAAGACUUUGGAGGAAAGCACCUUGAAAAAACAGGCUGAGAUGGAAAAUGCCUUACGUAAGGCUAGUGGACAAAUUGAGCGAGCUAGUGCUGCUGUUCGUAGGCUUGAAUUUGAGAACGCUGGAAUAAGGAGGGAAAUGGAAGCUGCAAAAUUGCAUGCAGUAGAGUCAUCUGCAAGCUGUCAGGAGGUAUUGAAGAGGGAAAAGAAGACACUCAUGAAGUUCCAGUCAUGGGAGAAGCAGAAAGCUAUAUUUCAGGAUGAACUUGUAGCUGAAAAACGCAAGUUGAUGGAAUUGUACCAGCAAAUGGAGCAAGCUAAAGUUGUUCAAAACCAACUUGAGGCUAGAUGGAAGCAGGAAAAGAAGGCAAAAGAAGAUUUUCUUACUCUGGCUAGUUCACUAAGGAAAGAACGAGAACAGAUUGAUGCUUCAGCUAAAUCCAAAGAGGAUACGACCAAAUUCAAAGCAGGUUUACGAAAGUAUAAAGAUGAUAUUGAGAAGCUAGAAAAGGAGAUAUCCCAGCUUAGAUUGAAGGCUGAUUCUUCAAAGAUAGCCGCUCUUAAAAGAGGCAUAGAUGGAAGCUAUGCAAGCAGACUGACAGACCUUAAAAAUGUCUCAUUACCAAAGGACAACACUCGAAUGCCUUAUAUCGCCACAUUGGUGGCAGGUUUUGAGGACCAUUCUAAGAGUGGAGGGUUGAAACGAGAACGUGAAUGUGUCAUGUGCUUGUCAGAGGAGAGGUCUAUUGUUUUUCUCCCCUGCGCUCAUCAGGUGGUAUGCACGACAUGCAAUCAGCUCCAUCAGAAGCAGGGAAUGAAAGACUGUCCUUCAUGUAGGAGCCCAAUCCAGCGGCGUCUUUCUGUUCGUUAUUCCAGUUUGUAGUUUCAACUCAAGGAAUGAGUGAAAGCUAUACACUGAUUGAUGGAAACCCAUAGUGAAUGAUGCAUAUGGAUAGCCCUUUCAAAGUCUAGACAGUUAUGCUCGGACUAUGACUUUUUGUAAGAUGAAAAAGAAUACAAAGAAAAAUAAAAAACAAAGAUAAUAUCUGGUAAAGUUAGGAGCUUGUAGGUUACCAGCUCCUUUCAUUGAUUAAACGUUGAGUUUCCUUAUUGUGUUGUUUAUAUGAGAAUCCCCGACUUAUGCUACAAGUUAAUGAGGCUCGUGUCAUGCUGA